UCUGCCGAAUCGGUUGCGCUGCGGCUGCGCUCAAAACUCUGAAAACACUGAACUCGUGCGCGGCGCUUCAAAAACUAAAGACAACCAACUCAGAAAGCAGACGAAUCAAAUAGUUAUUUGAAAAAAAAAACCAAACGGAAUUUCUCAAUUCUAAUCCUACAAGCAAAAACAUUUUUUUUAAGUUUCUCAAACACAAACCAUUGGGAAUUUUGGAAUACCCCAAGCUUGAAAGCCAAAGAAGUGUGAAGAAUAUAUAGUGAACCCAAACUUAACACAAAGUGCUAUCAGAAUUAAACCAUCUGAUAAAAAUUACUACUCAACACCAAAAAGAUACCAAAAACCAUGGGUAGUUGUUCGACCCAGCUAAUCGCAGGAAGAACUUGACCCAAAUAAAUUGGUACAAAAAUGUAUUGCAAUAUUGUGCACAUAAUAUUACAAGAAAAUUGAAAAACUAAGAGUUUAUUGCAAACACGGUUAUUCUGUUACGAGAUUACAACAAGUCUGCAACUUUCUACAAACACUUGGGGAAAAAUGCUCGCCGCACAGCAACAGCAGCAGCAGCAGCACAACAACAGCACAGCGGAAACGGAAAUGGAGCGCCAGCGCCGGGACUCCACCACCUCGGAGUCAUCCCUGGAGCACCUGGACCUGGGUCGCACGCCCAAGAAGCUGGGUGGCAGCGGUGGCUCCGCCCAGACCACCUCCACGCCCCACGAAUUGACGGCGGCGACGUCGCGCAAGCGCAAACUCCGCCAAUUGCAGCAGCAGCAACUCAAUCACCAGCAGCAGGAUUUGCUGAGCGACGAGGAGGAGGAGGAGGAGCGCGACGAGGACGAGGAGCCCCGGAAUCUGGGGCGGCACAAGCAGCGCCGCAGCACCCAGGCCUCCAUUGUGGUGGACUACAGCGGCGGCGAUGCCAGUUCGCUGCGCAAGAAGUUCCGCCUGAAUCGCUCGGCGGCGGCCAGUCUCUCGGAAUCGGGAUUCGUGGAUGCCAGCAGCACGGCCCACAGUGGCUAUCUGGGCAACAGCAACAGCAGCACCGCCAAUAACAACAACAGUACCACCGCAGUUUCUAGUGGUGCAGGUGCUGGGGUGGCUCCACCUGGCGGAGCCUCCAGCAGCAGCGGCAGCAGCAGCAGCGGCGGAUCCGGCGGCUCCUCGCCGCAGGGCGGCCUGUGCCUCUCCAGCGGCGAGUCGGGCAUCGGAGCCGGGGACGAGCACAUGAAGUACCUGUGCCCCAUCUGCGAGGUGGUCUCGGCCACGCCGCACGAGUUCACCAACCACAUCCGGUGCCACAACUACGCCAACGGCGACACGGAGAACUUCACCUGCCGCAUUUGCUCCAAGGUGCUAUCCUCGGCCUCAUCCCUGGACAGACACGUGCUGGUGCACACGGGCGAGCGGCCCUUCAACUGCCGCUACUGCCACCUGACCUUCACCACCAACGGCAACAUGCACCGCCACAUGCGCACCCACAAGCAGCAUCAGGCAGCGCAGUCGCAACAGCAGCAGCAGUCUCAGUCGCAACAGCAACAGUCGCAACAGUCGCAACAGCAACGCAGACAGCAACAGCAGCAGAAUCCCGCCCAGCAGCAGCAGCAGCAACUGGUGGCCACCGCGGGACGAGCGGAGAGCUACGAGAGCGACGCCAGCUGCUCCACGGACGUCUCCAGUGGCCACAGUCGCAGCAGCAGCUCCUUCAACAACAACAACAACUCGCACAAGGCCAACAACAACCUGAAGGAGCUGGAGGACGAGGUGGUGGUGGUGGAUCCGCAGGAGAGCAAGCAGCGCCGCCAGAAGACGACCAUCAAUAACAACAACAUUAUCGAUCGGGAGGAGGAUCGGGAUAAUUUAGAUGACGAGGAGGAUCGGGAGGAGGAGGCCGAUGUGGCCAUGCUGACCAGCACACCGGAUGUGGCCACCUUGCUGGCCGGAGCCAGUGCCUCCGGCGCGGCCUCCCGUUCGCCCUCCCCCUCGCCGCCGGCCUCGCCCGCCUCCCUGCUGCUCAGCUGCCCCGCCUGCGGAGCCUCCGACUUCGAGACGCUGCCCGCCCUGUGCGCCCAUUUGGAUGCUAGGCACUCGGAUAUCCCGGCCAAGUGCCGCGACUGCGAGGUGAUCUUCGCCAGCCACCGCCAGCUGCAGGCGCACUGCUGUCGCGGAUCCUCUGUCCUGCCGCCGCUCCUGGGAGCCAGUAGUUCGCCCCUCCAUGGGGAUGAGGAUCUGGAGGAGGAGGAUGCGGACCGCAAGGAGCGCAUGCCCAGCGACGACUUCUUCCAGCAGCUGUACCUUAAGCAGAAGGCCUCCGCCUCCUCUGGCGCCAUCUCGCAUCCUCCCUCGCCCAUCAAACACGAGCCGGCGGACAGCAAGGAUCUGGCCGACAUCCAGAGCAUCCUGAACAUGACCAGCUCCAGCUCGAGCUUCCUGCGCAACUUCGAGCAGUCGGUGAACACGCCCAGCUCGAGUCAGUACAGUUUGGAUGGCCGGGAUCAGGAGGAGGAGGCCCAGGAUGCCUUCACCUCGGAGUUCCGCCGCAUGAAGCUGCGCGGCGAGUUCCCCUGCAAGCUCUGCAGCUGCGUCUUUCCCAAUCUGCGUGCGCUGAAGGGUCACAACCGGGUGCAUCUGGGUGCAGUGGGUCCGGCGGGACCCUUUCGCUGCAACAUGUGUCCCUAUGCCGUGUGUGAUAAGGCCGCUCUGGUGCGGCACAUGCGCACCCACAACGGAGAUCGUCCCUACGAGUGCGCCGUCUGCAACUACGCCUUCACCACCAAGGCGAACUGCGAGCGGCAUCUGAGGAACCGGCAUGGGAAGACCUCGCGGGAGGAGGUGAAGCGGGCCAUUGUCUACCAUCCGGCGGAGGAUGCCGGCUGCGAGGACAGCAAGUCGCGUCUGGGCGAGGAUCUGGCCGAUCUGAGCUUCCGUUCGAUUAGCCCCACGCCUCCUCCAUCGGGAGUAGUGGCGCCUCUGAAUGAGAGCAGCACUAGCAGUUCCCAGCUGAAGCACAUGCUCCUGGGUGAGAACCUUCAUCCGGUGGCCCAGCCGCCGCUUAAGAUUCAGGUGAAAUCCCUCGACCAGCUGGUGGACAAGAAGCCCUCGGUGGCAGCUCCUCCCAAGCAGCAGGAAGUGGAGAAGGACUUCAGCAUGGAUGUGCUGGAUCUCAGCAAGAAGCCUACAGCCUCUGUUACGCCCACACCCACUGCCCUGCCCACUGUGGUGCCAGGUGCUCCCUCGGAUUUGGCUGCCCUCGCUUUGGAGCAGCAGCAGUUGCUCCUCGCCCAGCAGCAGCUGUUCGGCGCUGGCGGGGAUGCCGCCUCCCAGUACAUGCAGCAGCUCUUCCGCAGCCUCAUGUUCCAGUCGCAGACCUCCGGCUUUCCCUUCUUCCCCUUCAUGGCGCCCCCGCCGCCCCAGCAGCAGCAAUCCCCGCUGGUGAGUUCCGAGAAGGCGCCCCUGGUGAGUCCACCUAGUCGCCUCAGUUCCCUGAAUCCCCUGCCAGUGGGAGUGGGUGUGCCCGUGCCCGUUCCACCCGGUGGCCCCGUGAAAAUGGUCAUUAAGAACGGAGUGCUGAUGCCCAAGCAGAAGCAGCGACGCUACCGCACCGAGCGACCCUUCGCCUGCGAGCACUGCUCGGCGAGAUUCACCCUGCGCUCGAACAUGGAGCGCCACGUGAAGCAGCAGCAUCCGCAGUUCUACGCGCAGCGGCAGAGGAGCGGUCACCAUGUGAUGAGGGGCAGGGGAGCCUCCAGUGCGGCAGCAGCAGCAGCAGCCGCCGCAGCCGCCGCAGCAGCCUCCUCCACCACCUCCGCGAAUCACCACCAUGGCAGCCAUGGCCAUGCCCCCAUCUCGGAGCAGGUCAAGUACGCCAUUCUCGCCCAGCAGCUGAAGGCGCACAAGAACACCGAUCUGCUGCAGCAGGCCUUGGCCCAUGGCUCCAGCAGCGUGGCCGGGAAUCCGCUCCUGCACUUCGGCUAUCCCUUAACCACGCCCAGUCCCUUGGGAGUCAACGGGGGUCAUCCCAUUGCCAUGGAUGAUGAUGAGCCCAAGCUGAUCAUAGACGAAGAUGAGGAUCAUGAGGUGGAGGCCGAGGCGGAGGAGGAGUUCGAGGAGGACGAGGAGGAGGAGCUAGAGGAGCUGGAUGAGCCGGAGGUGGAGAUGGAGAUGGAGCAGCCCGAGCAGCAGCCAGUUGAAGAGGAUGCCGAGGAGGAGGAGCUGCCCAAGCCACUGGAGCAAAACGAGGCGGCCCAGAAGAUGGCCGAGACCAUACUGGAGCAGGCCAUCAAGGCGGGCAAGCCAACCGCCAGUCCACAGGAGAAUCCUCAAGAGGAGAAAGCACUAGUGACCAUGCAGGAACCACCCAGCUCGGCAAGCAGCCUCAAAAACAUGAUUGCCCAGGCCGAGUCCGUGGGCAAAUCCCUCAAAGAGGUGGCCAGUUCGCCGUUCAAAGACGAAUCCCAGGACCUGGUGCCGGUGGCCAAGCUGGUGGACAACGCCACCAGCCAGACGAUGAGCUUCAACAGCUACUUCCGGCCCAGCGACGUGGCCAACCACAUGGAGCAGAGCGACGAGGAGGGCCUGGUGGCCUCUGGCAGUGCCAGCGAGAGCAACAACAGCGGCACCGAGGACGUCACCUCCAGCAGUUCGGGCAGCGAGCCCAAGAAGAAGUCCGCCUACAGUUUGGCGCCCAAUCGGGUCUCCUGUCCUUAUUGCCAGCGGAUGUUCCCCUGGAGCAGCUCGCUGCGCCGGCACAUCCUCACCCACACCGGGCAGAAGCCCUUCAAGUGCUCCCACUGCCCGCUGCUCUUCACCACCAAGAGCAACUGCGACCGCCAUCUGCUGCGCAAGCACGGCAACGUGGAGUCGGCCAUGUCGGUCUAUGUGCCCACCGAGGACGUGAGCGAGCCCAUUCCGGUGCCCAAGUCGGUGGAGGAGAUCGAGCUGGAGGAGCAGCGGCGUCGCCAGGAGAAGGAGAGGGAGUUGGAGCGGGAAAGGGAGCGGGAAAGGGAGCUGGAAAGGGAGAGGGAGCUGGAGAAGGAGCGUGAGCUGGAGAAGGAGAAGGAGCGGGAGCGCCAGCAGCUCAUCCAGAAGCUGGCGGCCCAGAUGAAUGCCGCUGCCGCUGCCGCCGCUGCAGCAGGAGGAUCUGGCGGAGCAGCUGCAGCGGAUGCCCUGGCUGGCGGAGAUCUGCCCUACAAGUGCCAUCUCUGCGAGGGAUCCUUCGCAGAGCGACUGCAGUGCUUGGAGCACAUCAAGCUGGCCCAUGCCCACGAGUUUGCCCUGCUCCUGGCCAAGGGAGCCAUCGAGAACGAGUCGCUGGAGGCGGCCAAUCCCCACCAGCAGCAGCAGCAGCAGUCGUCGUCUGUCCACUCCGAUGACGAGGCAACCAAUGGCAACGGAAGUCGCGGCAAGUAUCCCGACUACAGCAACCGCAAGGUGAUCUGCGCCUUCUGCGUCCGCCGCUUCUGGUCCACCGAGGAUCUGCGGCGCCACAUGCGCACCCACUCGGGGGAGCGACCCUUCCAGUGUGACAUCUGCCUGAGAAAGUUCACUUUAAAGCACAGCAUGCUGCGGCACAUGAAGAAGCACAGUGGAAGGGCCCACAACGGGGACAAUCCGGGAUCCGAUUGCUCCGAUGAUGAGCAGGUGAUGAGCAGCCCACCGGGCACUCCAGCUCCAGUUGCUCCUCCUGCAGCCACUCCCAAUCCUCCAGUGAACAACAACAAUAGCUGCCAUGUGAACAACAACAAUGGGGGCGGCGCCGCCGCCAAGGGAUUGGGCCUGAAGCUGCCCAAGCUGCAUGAGCUCCUGGACAAGGCCAGCGAAUGGAGGGCCAGUCGGCUGGGCGAGCACAAGGAGAACCUGGGCGAGGCUACUCCCUCGCCGGCGGCAGUCGCUGGUUCGGAUCUAAUUGGCAACCUGCUGGGCAUCAGCGACCAGGGCAUCCUCAACAAGCUGCUCUCCUCCGCCGACGAGGCGGCCAAGCUCCUCGGCGUGGACAACAAGUGAGGCAGUGAACCCAUAGCCAUACAAACUGAUUCUGGAGCAGCAGCAGUCUUACACCGCCUUACGUAUACCAAAGCUUAAAUAGUUUUCAUUAAUGGUAGUCUAUAGAGAAAAGUACUUAAAAGUAAAAAGUAAAAUAGGGUGCUCGAUUAUAUC